AUGUCGAAACAAGAUGGUACGCGGAUUUUUCACUUUAGCUACAAUCUAGCUCUCGAAGCGGAAGAAAAUAAUUACCCUCAUAAGGUUGGAGAAGAUGCAAUGCUUUUGGCGAAAAAUAGCUCCAUUUUCCGGCGCCAGCGAAUGUUACGUACAUUUAAUCAAAAAGAUGGAAAUAACCCCGAGAAGGACGUCCACGCGAAUAGAAGUAUUCUAUACUUGACUGACAAUAAAAGCCUGACAGAACCCAAAAAACGGAGCCAGUUUAUUUUUUAUGGAGGCGCAGUUCAAGAAUACGUGCAGGGAAAAGAAACCGAUGAUCAUGAACAGGCCUCUGUGGAAGAAACAAGGAAAAGAGUUUACGGAAUGGGAGCAAGUCGACGAAAACUUGGCUUGGGUGAAGUAACAAACGUUUCUAUCAUGGGUCACAAACUCAGGAAAAAGGCUGUUUGCGAUAUUACGGACAAUUCACAUUACCAAAGGCAGUUUCUACGCGUUCUAAACAAACGUUUCUAG